AUUUGUUGACUGGGAUUCUAUUGUUAUUGCAGAUGGCCGCAGCACACGAGUAUUCCACAGAAGAACUUAACUAUUUCAGGAUUUGCAACGUCACCACUCGAAUCAUUGCUGAAGGACUACGAGUAGUCUUCAAGCUAUUAUGGGACACUCAUUACCAGGCGACACACGGCCCGUGGCAAGAUACGGCUAAGAAUGGCAUUGAUUUGUACAGCAUGGAAUCUUCGAAAAGUUGUAAGAGAAAUUCACGAGAACUUUUAAUUUUGAGAAAUGGCAAUAGACUUGAAUGGGACUGUACCAGUCUUUUUGUUGCCAUUCUCUAUUCAGAUAGUAUUGGCAAGGGUCUCGAUCCCGUUGUUAAGAAAGCCGUGGAUGAUUUACGUCGGUUCCGUAAUAAAGUCUUUGCUCAUUUGUCUGAUGGAAAGUUAAGAGAAAUGGACUUUGAAACCUCUAUCCAAAAGGUAAUAGAUGCUUUUAUCGCCCUAAAACUAGACACUGCUGAUAUAGAGGCAAUCAAAAACCAGAAAACAUUUCCUACAGAGGAACUACGUCUCACUCAGCAACAGUUAGAAAAGGAGAAAAAACGUAACGAGGAACCACGAUCGUUUUGUGUUUUGCCACCCAAACCAUCCCACGAAGUUAUCGACCGUUCAAGCGAAGUGGAUGUGAUACUACAAAAGAUGAAAGAGUUGAGAAGCACAAAAAUAAAUGAAAUAACUGUUGUUUAUCUGUCUGGGAAUCCUGGCUGUGGCAAAAGUGAAAUAGCAAGACAGAUAGGUGAGAAGGUUUUCGAUGAUGUUCCCGAUGACGCCACAGAUCAAGUAAAAUUUGUGUUCGCCCUUAACGCAUCCAGUACAGACACAUUAAUACAAUCAUAUAUUGAAUUUGCAAUUACUUUAAACUGYGAUGAGAAAUCUACUACGAUUAUUGGAACAUCAAAAGAUCUUUCUCCGGAAGACAAACUUAUUCAUCUUAAAACUCUUGUAGCUCCCAAACUGCGAAUGUAUUCUUCAUGGCUCUUGAUCUUGGAUAACGUCACAGACGUUAAAUCAGUCUUCAGAUUCUUGCCAAAGGCGGGAGAGAAGACGGAGGGCAAUGGUCAGAUACUUUUUACCACACAAGACAGUCAAUCCAUUGGUGCCAAUAAUUCGUACACUUACCAUUUAUCCCUUAGUCGCGGUAUGAAACCUGAUGAAGCGGUAAAAACACUUUCUGAAAUAUCGGGUGUUGCUUCAAAUAAAGAGUGCAUUUUACGAGUUGCGAAGGCUUUAGAUUUCCAGCCACUAGCACUAGCGUGUGCAGCAACUUACAUGAAGCGUGUAAGUGAUAAAACCUCAAUCUCAUGGGAAGAAUAUUUACAGAAGAUUCAACAAGGCAAGCGAGAAGCGACUGAAGGAGAGUAUAAAAGAAUUAGCGUAACUUACUCUCAAUCAAUGACUGCAGCAGUCAAGUUGGCCUUAGAAAAAGAAAUGGCUGCAGACAUGGUUAUGAUGCAUGCUUUUCAGUUCUUGUCUGCGUUGGGCCCUGAGCGGAUACCCUGGGAAUAUGUCGUAGAAUAUGUAACACGGUGCAUGACAGAUCAAGACGAAGGAGUCGUGGCCGCCACUGUCUUUUCAUCUUCACUUAUUCUUAAUUAUUCCGAAGGCCAGUCAAAAGAGAUUGGUAUACAUCAAGUUGYACAUAGCUGUCUACAAGAUAUUGUUCUACACAAGAGCAAAAAAGAAGAAUUUCAUUUCUUGGUAAACGUAAUUAAUGCUUUUUCAGCACUCUUAAAAGCCUUUGAUGAGAACAACGUCAAUCACAUUACAACAACAAAAUUGGUAGCAGUGCAUUUUAUGCACUUCUCAAAACAUUUAACCAAUUUUACAACGGAAUCUUUAUCUCCAAUAAAACAGAAAACAAAUUUUGAACAAAAACAAAACGAGUACGUAAGCUACUUCUCGGCCGCUGGAGACGUCUGCCAAACCCACGCUAAGCAUGAAGCUGCGAAAACAUUGUUUAAAACAGUACUAAUGAUCAAAGAAUUUUAUCAUCAUUGCAAUCAUCCAACACUUGCUCCUACAUUGACUAAAAUUGGAUUGACCCUCUUUAGUUUGGGCAAGCAUGAAGAAGCACAGGAACUUCUCGAAAGAGCAUUGACUAUUGCUGAGAAGUCGUUCGGUCAAAAUCAUUUAAAACUUGCUACUACAUUGAAUAAUCUAGGAUCGAACCUCAUUCAUCUGGGCAAGAAUGAAGAAGCGCAACUAUGUCUCGAAAGAGCAUUGACUAUUCAAGAGAUGGCGUAUGAUCAAAAUCAUCCAACACUUGCUACUACAUUGAAUAAUCUAGGAUCGAACCUCAUUCAUCUGGGCAAGCAUGAAGAAGC